AAAGAGGAUGAUUCGCUGCGAACGCUCACAACUACAACUACAUCGAGCUUGCUCCUACUCUCUCUCUCUCUCUCUCUCUCUCGCCUUCUCUCCUUCUCUCGUUGCUUCCUGCUUGCGUGCUCUUGCUUGCCUCGUCUAAGAGAAGGGUGGAUAGAAGAUUGCGGUGGGCACAGGAGGAAGAUGACGGUCGUCGACAAUGGCGUUGCACAGGCCGCUUCGGCUCAGCAGCACCAGCCCCAGUCGAAUGGCCACACCAACGGCACAGCGGGCCAAAGCCACGACAGCGGUGUCGGCACGCCUGUCACGAGCAAGGCUGAUUCGGACGAGGAGCGAGAAAAUGAGGAUCCCCGAUUCAAGCGCUUGAGUGCGCUGCUGCGCAAGUCCAAGGUGUAUAGCGAGAUUCUGAGCCAGAAGAUGCAGAAAGAGAACGCGGCCAGAGCAAUGAGGGAGCGAAAGCGAGCCGAGGCAGAGGCUAAAAAGAAGAGCGAGGAGCAGGAAGCGAAGGGAGCUGAUGGUCACGACAACGAUCGUGGAGGCUCAAGCGCAGGGCGGGCAAAGGGCAGGACGACGAGACAGGGAGGAGAGGGCACGGCGGUGGCAGGCGAAACAGACUUUCGAAGAAGAGACACCCGGACGAACCAAAAGAGAAAGGGCGAAGAGAAUCGGUACGAGCUGACGGACGUGCUGGGGCAAGACGCUGUCGAUGAGGCGAACAAGAAGAGAAAAGCUGAAGAUGGAAGCGCAAAGAAGGUCGAGCAAACCGAUGGUACUAAGGCGACAGAGGACUUGACGAAGCCAUCAGCCUCCUUCAAGCAGCCAGCACUCGUGACCGGUGCCACGCUGAGGGACUAUCAGCUGAGGGGUGUGGAGUGGCUCGUCGGCCUGUUUGAGAACGGCAUCAAUGGUAUCUUGGCUGAUGAGAUGGGAUUGGGAAAAACCCUCCAGACCAUAGCAUUCAUCUGCCACCUCAAAAGUCGCAAGCAAUAUGGACCAUAUCUCGUCAUUUGCCCCGCCUCAACGCUUCACAAUUGGGAGUCAGAGAUUCGCAAAUUUGCUCCGCAGCUGGUCCCCAUCGUGCACCACGGCGGGGACAAGAACUCGCGAAAGCAUACCUUGAACAAAUACAACUACAGGCCAAAGGACGAGGCGGGCAUCAUCAAGUUCCCCAUUUUCCUGACCACUUACGAGCUGGCCAUCAAUGAUGCUAGGGCUCUCGGAGCAGUCAGGUGGAAAUUCAUCGUCGUGGACGAAGGGCACCGCCUCAAAAACAAAGAUGCCAAGCUUACAACCACGCUGAAUCAGCAAUACAUGAGCGACAAUCGGCUGAUCUUGACUGGCACCCCUGUCCACAACAAUCUCGCCGAGCUAUGGUCACUUCUCAACUUUGCUCUCCCCGAUAUCUUCUCCAAUCUCGAGGAGUUCGAGAGCUGGUUCGACUUUUCCGAGAUCCAGGACGAAGGCGGGUCCGCAAAGAUUCUCUCACGCGAGCAGUCAGAGAGCAUCGUCACAAAGCUUCGCGGCAUCCUCGAACCUUUCAUCCUGCAGCGGCACAAGAAGGACGUCGAGCGAGAUCUGCCGCCCAAAAAGGAGUAUACCCUGUAUGCGCCCUUGACCGUGGAGCAGAAGGACUUCUACGACGAGGUACUCAAUAAUUCUAUUCGAGCUCGACUUCUCGAGACAAUGACGGGCAUGCCAUGGAGCACCAUCAACCAAAUGGGCACCCUGAAGAGCAGUGAGGGAUGGGACGCGCCCUUGAACGGCAUCGAACAGCAACAAGGCCAGCAGAGCAACGGGAAGGCCAAAGGCAAGAGCAAUGUCAGGUCGGGUAUUGCGGGCGCAAAGGCGAAGAACGACUAUAAGAAGAAUGGCAGCUCCGCAUCCAACGGUAGCGGUCACGAACCGAAGACGAAGAAGCCCCGUCGCUCAGCUCUGAACAACAAUGGCAAUGCCGGGGGCUAUAAUGUUGACGACGAGACCGAGAAACAAUUUAUGGACCGCAUGGAGCAUGGCCGGGCAAAGGAGCACGAGGAUGACGUGGCCGUUCUCAGUGUUGAGGAUGUCCAACGAAUGAGCAGAGAAAGCAGUGUACGGGACGGCGAAAAGAUUAUCAACAACAUGAAGCUCAACAACCCCAUCAUGCAGCUUCGCAAAGUUUGCGGUCACCCGUUUCUGCUCCACUGGCCCCGCGAUCCUACGACUGGCGAGCUCGUCCUCGAUGAUCGGCUCAUCAAUGCCAGUGGCAAGAUGCUAAUGCUCAAUCGGCUCCUCGACGCCCUUUUCGUCCGCGGUCACAAGGUUCUCCUCUUUAGCCAAUUUACUACCAUGCUCGACAUCAUCGAAGACUGGGCAAAUGACUUCAAGAAGAUCAACACGCUCAGGCUCGAUGGUAAUACCGCCAUUUCCGACCGCAAGACCUUAAUGGACGAAUUCAACAAUGGAAAGGGUCCGAACGCUUGCAACCUCUUUCUGCUCAGUACUAGGGCGGGUGGCUUGGGUGUCAACUUGGUUGGGGCUGACACGGUCAUCUUUUACGACACCGAUUGGAACCCGCAAAUGGAUCGACAAGCCCAGGAUCGUGCUCAUCGAAUUGGACAGAAGAAGCCUGUCCUCGUCUUCCGCCUCGUGACGCGCGACACCGCGGAGGAAAAGAUCCUCAAGCGGGCCUCUGCGAAGCAGGAGCUGUCCGCCCUUGUUCUUUCCGGCGAUCAAUUCAGCAAGGAGACCACCGAAGCUGCAAAUGCCUUCACGAGCACCCGAGGAGGUGUUACGGGCGCUCUGCGAAGCGACAAGAGCAAAGCUGAGGAAUGGGCUGAUAUGCUCGAAGCUCUGAAAGCCGAACGAAUCGAAUUUGAAUUGGCCGACAAGGACAGUCAGAUCAUCUCGGACGAGCAGCUGGAGACGCUUCUCGAUCGCAGGCCUGAAGCCUUUGAGAAAAGGAACAAAGGGUGGCUGACGAAGGAUGUCAAGACUGAGGGCGUCAAACCGGCAUUCGAAGUCACCGAUUUGACAGAACAGAUGGAGGCUAGCGCCGAUGACUCCGGCUUCCAAAGACUCGUCGACGACGAGUGAUGAUGGGUGCAUUUCCUGUCACCUCAUGCUCCUCGUUUUACACCGCCUUGGAGCGAUAGUCACAACUUUUCAUAGAGACGCUUUUCAUUUCUGUACCGGGUAUUCAAUGUAGACACGAUCUUACAGAUCAUUCUCAUUUCAUCUGAAUCAUCGAUCAGUCAUCCCAUUCG